AUGUCGGCCCAGGAUGUGGAAAAAGCUGUAGAAGUAGCAUUAGACCCUUCCGUAGAUGUAGGGAUUAAACAGCAAGCUACAGACUUUAUUGCUACAGUGCGGGCGUCCCCAGAAGGAUGGAAGGUGUGUCAAGAGAUUUUCGUGAAUAAAACAGCUUUUAGAGAAGCUUCAAGAUUAGUAUCGCUUCAGAUUUUGUGUGAAAAAGCUAGCGAUUGGAAAAAAGAAGUUAAUGGAAUGGAGUUGGAAAUGGUCAAAGAAAAUGUGUGGGCUUAUGUGAAGGAGCAAAAGUAUUUGGAUGAUCCGGCUUAUAUUAUAAAUGCUAUUCAACAUUUAUUGACAUUGUUAUUUAUUCAGCUAUACCCAGUAAGGUGGAAUGAUUUCUUCCAGUCUUUGCAAAGCAUGGCUGCUUCAUCAUCUCAAGUAGAGCCCUCAAAUUUUUAUUUAAAAAUGCUUUUGUCCAUUGGAGAAGAAGUUGCAGAUUCCUUUAUCCCAAAGUCAACAACGCGAGCUCAACAGAGCACAGCUGUCAAAGAUGCGAUCCGCGAAAAUGACAUGUCACAGAUUGUGUCUUUUGUAUUUGAGAUGAUGGUUGCGUAUAGUAAUGCCAAAAGUUAUUCCCCGGUUGUUCUUUCUCUUCAGGUCUUUGGCCAGUGGGUUUCCUGGAUUAACAUCAGUUUGAUAGUAAAUGAGCCCUGUAUGAACUUGCUUUAUUCAUUCCUUCAAGUUCCUGAACUUCGUUGUGCCGCUUGCGAAACGAUAACAGAAAUCGUCAACAAAAAAAUGAAACCACUUGAUAAAUACAGUCUGCUCGUCCUCCUCAAUCUAAACUAUUUCUUUACGCAGUUUCAGGAGCAAUCAAGUGAUCCUACUUUUGACGAGCAUAUUGCUAAACUUGUCAACGCUCAGGGCGUUGAGCUUCUUGCUAUUAAAUCCGAUCCUACAGAAAUGACUUCUGAGACUUUGGAAAACUGUUCAUAUCAGUUAUACACUCUUUUCCCUUAUCUUAUUCGUUACUUAUCCGAUGACUACGAUGAAACCUCUUCUGCGGUUUUUCCCUUCUUAUCCGAUUUACUUACUUCUCUUAGAAAAGAAUCAUCCUCAAAACCACUUACGGACUCUAGCAAACAACUAUUAACUUCGCUUUUACAAGCUCUUGCUAAGAAAAUGACUUAUGAUGAGUCUCAAGAGUGGGAUGACGAUCCUGAAAGUGAAGAGGAAGCUGAGUUUCAAGAGCUCCGCAAAAAAUUGAAGACUUUUCAGGACACCAUUAACUUAAUUGAUCAUGCUCUUUACGCAAAUUUUAUGUAUUCAGUCAUUACCUCAAGUAUAUCCUCCGCUGCAGCAAUGCCUAUAGAAAAUUCUUGGCAGCUUGUUGAAUUUGCUUUGCAUGAAACCUACAUAUUUGGAGAAGGUAUGCGGGGACCAACCGCAUAUGUCAAUGAGGCUGAUAAAAGCCCAACUCCUCUCUCUCAAAUCUUGCUUCUCGUCAUUGAAUCCCAAGUGGGACGGCAUCCACAUCCUCUUGUACAACUUUUGUACAUGGAAAUUUUAGUUCGAUACUCUGGAUUUUUUGAGUAUCAGCCAUCUGCCAUUGGUCCAAUAAUGGAAUAUUUUGUUGGACCUACAGGCAUACAUAAUUCUAACGAACGAGUACGCGUUCGUGCUUGGUAUUUGUUUUACCGCUUCGUUCGUAGUGUUACUAAGUAUGUUGCUACUUAUGCAGAAAGUUCUCUUGCCUUGCUUGGUGAUCUCCUUAAUAUAGACGUUCAACCUUCUACAGAUAUUGAUUCCCCUGAACCAACUUUGAACUCUUCAAUUAGAAACAGCUCAUUUAAUUCCCAGCUGUAUCUAUUUGAAACGGCUGGUAUCCUUAUUUCUUCUGGCGCAUUGCCCAGAGAAGAACAAGUUCUCUUUUGUGAUUCGUUAAUAGACGCGUUGCUUUACAAAGCUAAUUCAGCACUUUCCAGUAACGCUUCUUCUCUGGAGAGCAUUAUUUCUGUGUAUUGUUCUCUGAUGGCAAUUGGAAAUUUUGCCAAAGGCUUUCCUGCCCGCGAUUCUCAGGAAAUUGCUUGGCUUUCUACUUUUAACAAAGCUUCUGAUGCAAUUUUCUCUAUUCUAAACACCAUGGGUUUCAGUGAAGACAUUCGGAGUGCCGUACGAUUUGCAUCGGGAAGAAUUAUUAAUGUGGUCGGUCCGGACAUGUUGCCAAAGGUUCCUCAGUUAGUAUCUUUAUUGCUGAGCUCAAUCAGCAUAAACGAAUUGGUGGAUGUUUUGUCUUUCAUCAGUCAACUCAUCUACAUAUAUAAAGAAGCUAUGAUGGGAGUGAUUUCAAACCUUCUUCCAUCUUUACUCAGUACGGUGUUUACUUCUCUUUCAGAAACACCUCAGGGAACGGAUGAUGCUAUAAAGCAAAGUGAUUUGAGGAAAUCAUAUAUUUCAUUUAUUUUACACUUAUUAAAUAAAGGCUUUGGAUCAGCAUUCUUCGCUGAGCAAGUUCAAAGCUAUUUUGAUCCCCUUAUAAAUAGCAUUAUUCACUUUGCUAAUUUAUAUGGUGAACCUUCUACACAAAAAAGUUCAAUCGCUCUUUUAUCAAAAAUGGUUUCUUUAUGGGGUGGCCCCGAUGGUAUAGAAGGAUUUGAGAGAGUUAUUUUCGGUUCACUGUCACCGUUGUGCUUUGAGAUGCCAGUCAAUCCAGUUUUUAAUGCAAAUGACGGGCAAUCUCACAUAGUGCUUGGCGAACUCGCAAAUUUGCAGAGGACUAUACUUGAAAUGUGCGGCGAAAGUUAUAGAUCAUAUUUACUUGGAGUAUAUUUCCCUACUGUAAAUUUCCCUGAAAUGUUGGCAUCGGAAUAUUUACAAGUAUUGGUAAACUCGGAUUCUAGGACAUUCAAGCAAUUUUUUCAAAAAUUCAUUCAGGCAAUAAAAAAAGGUCAGGCUUAA